CAACCAAAGCUGAUCGUCCAUUACAGAAGCAUACAUCUGACAAAUAUCUGACUUCUGGGAAGUGGUUGCAGAAGUAUGGCUUGAAAGCUCAGAAGCUCACACUGUAUGAUGCACUUGCUGACUGUACUUUUCGCCAUGCAGAUGGGAUUGUUGACAUAAAAACUAAACCAGAGGACGAAUCUUCACAAACUGAUGCUGAGACAAAGAGCAAGGUAAUUAAUGCAAAGUACUGUGACAAGUUUGUCCAUACCUUCUGGAGAGAUGGAUCUGUAGUUCACGUGUAUGUUAGUACAGAAAAGUAUAAGCAGUACAAAGAGAAAAUGAGGACGGCUCUCAGACACAUGGAAGGAAGGAUUAAAUGGCUUCAACAAGGAAGCAGAGGGCUCUUUGGGAAUGUGGUUGAAGAUGAUGUCUAUAUCCUUAUUGAUACAUCCCAGUCUAUGGAGGACAAGCUGCCAGUGGUGAAGGAAAAAAUAUUUCAGCUCAUACAGGAACAGCUGCGACACAAAAAGAGAUUUAACUUUGUGAAAUUCAGUGCCCAAGCAGUGCCAUGGCAAGAGAAUCUUGCUGAAGUUAAUGAGGAAAAUUUGCAAGAUGCUUGGCUUUGGAUAAAAGGGCUUGAGGUUGGAAGUUCUACAAACACACUCAAAGCUCUUCAGAUUGCUCUUGCUGAUACUGACACUCAGGCUAUUUAUCUCUUGACUGAUGGGAGACCUGACCAGCCUCCCCCGGUAAUUUUGGCUCAAAUCCAGCUGCAUUGUAAAAUUCCCAUCCAUACUGUAUCCUUCAACUGUGAUGAUAUAGAAGCUAAUAAAUUUCUAUAUGAACUAUCUACUGAAACAGGUGGCCGGUUUCAUUAUUACAACAUUUAUUUGGCUGAUCCUGAUGCUGCAGAUUUUAUUGGUAGUGAAGACAUAGAUUUUUUGAGAAAAGAGAUUGAACAAGGAGAAAAAGACCUAGAGACAAUGAAAACCUUUCACGCCAAGUGUCUGAUGAUGGAUUGCUAUAAUGGAGAAAAUGAUCCAGAGAAUAAUAAUGACAAGCAGACACAUACUGUGACUUCUGUAACCAAGCAAGUUGAAGAGCUGAGUACUAGUCUUAGCUCUAGGCCGUGCUGUGCUGCAGGAGAGCCAGCACCAGCACCAGGUCAGCAAAUUGGGCAAAUCACUGCUGGCAGUCCAGCCCGAAGGAAGAAAGCCUUAUAUGCAGAGCAAACGAAGACAAGUCUGCUGAGAAUCCAGAGCCAUAGUGUGAAAUAUAGAGAGGAAAGGCCAGAGGAAGGUACAUCUCCUGAAAAAAAGAGCUCUUCUGUCAAAAAGAAUGUGAAAUGCACAACUGUUACCAAAGGCAAGUUGCUGGAACAGGAAGCUCUGGAUCUGAAAAUGCAGAAAGCUGUGAACAGGACAUCUAAAAGUUCUCUGGAUAUCUCUUCUGCUCUUUGGUUAAAGACCCACGGCUUGGUUGCAAGGCGACUCACCAUCAUGGAUGCCUUAGCUCCUACAGCUGUCCCUCACAGUACCAAAUACAUCCCAGUUCUGGACAAGCAUGUAGCUUCUAAAGUAUUUGAUGAGAUAUUGCCGUUGGCCCAUGUUAGCAACGACAAGAAGCAGAUCACUCUAAUUAAUCCUCAGGCAGUGAAUCUUGAUGCUUAUAAAGAGAAGCUGGAACAAGCAAUUAAAUCCUAUGAAAGGCGCCUAAACCUAAUUAUUUGGAGAGCACUAUCUCAGGAGGAAAGAGACAAAUUUAAAGAGGAUGGGCCAGUCCAGUAUAUGCAGCAUAAAGAAGCUUUGCUGGAGCUUUUAGAGAGUUUGGGAUGGCCAAUUUCCUAUGAAGACGUAAUAUUGUUAGAAGAUGAGAUAUUGACAGCAUUAACAUACUUACAACAAGCCUCUGAUCUUCAGGAAGCUGUCAAAAAUGAAACUGAAAAAAGCUCAGUAUCACACAUAAGCAACCACCAAAAGAGACUUGAGGAAGAAACUGUGAAACCGAAGUCCAAGAACAAACAAAAAAGCCAAGUAUUUGUAACUCACAAAAGCCAAAAGGUGAUUGCAAGAUCAGAUGUCACAGGAUUUUAUUAUCCAGGAACUGUGAUAAAGAAUAUCAGUUCUACCUGUGCAGUUGUUGACUUCAGCAAUGGGGAAACUUGUAUUGUACCUGUGGAGCUCACUCUGCCUGUGGGAGGUGCUGUGCCAUGCCCAUAUCUGCAGGCUGGAGACUACGUGUUUGCCAGAACCAGGACACAGAGAGGAAGUGAAUAUUUUGUGCCUGCCAUUGUCAUAGCAACACCAGGGAGAGUGGAGAUGGGUGACAAACUCUACACAGUUCUGACGUUCAACAACAGGAAAGAACACUGUGUAAGAAGUGAGCUUAUUAAAAUCAGCCAAAUGAAGUAUGACUUUUCCUGUCGGUACAUUAAAAUGGUGCAGAUGAUGGAUUAUAUGAUCCUGGACAGAGAGACUAUAAAGCCUUACCCUCACUUAUCUGUGGAAGAUGAAGGAGAAGCAGCAAAGAAAAGUAUUGUGAAAGAAGAUGGGAAAAAGAAAAAGAAGAGGACAGCAGUAGACAAAAGACAUCCCAGGGACAGGAUGUUGGACUCUGAUGAUCUUUGCUUUGUCUCCAGAAGGGAAGUGAAACAGAGAGUAAGAAAUUCACUGCCAAGCAAUGAAGAAGAUUUUGGAGCAUCUUCAUUCUCCAUUUCAUCACCCCGGCAUUCAUCAAGGCAUCAAACGCUGCGGGUGCCGCGUGCUUCAGCUCCCAGCUCACCAGAAGACUGCUUGCACAGUGCUGCUGUAGAAAAACCUCUAGAGCCUGGUGAAAGCACCAUCACUAGAAUGAUUCGAGUCAACAUGGAGCAGCAAGAGUUGACUGACUUUGGAGGUAUGAGAGAGAAAACUGUGAGAGAUUCAGUUGUGCUGCUGAAAAGUGUCAAUAUAAGAAGAGAGAAUGGAAAAUUUUGUCAGG